CCACCACUAGAGAUAUCGAAAACAGGGCUCACUGUCAGCUUGCACUCGCGGCUUUUAUAGAUUCUAUUUUAGUAUAAAUUUUACUUAAUAUAAUUUAUGCAAACAUGGACAGCAUAAUUGGGCGCAACCAGUUCGUCUCAGAAACAGCGAAUCUCUUUACAGAUGAGAAGACGGCCACAGCCCGUGCAAAGGUUGUGGAAUGGUGCAAUGAGUUUGGCACAGCGAAUGCUACGUUGAAAUGUGAGUUGCUCGUUAAAGUUCAAGAAAUUGUCCUCAGCUCAUGUGUUGAGCUUGCCGAGGAAUUCUUAGAACCGGUGCUGUCGCUGGCGCACGAUCAGAAUCAGGAGGUGCGCAAGCAAGUGGUCUCAUUCAUAGAGCAAAUAUGCAAGGUCAAAGUCGAGUUGCUGCCAUAUGUAAUUAAUGUGAUAUCGAUGAUGUUGCGGGAUUCCUCGGCACAGGUCAUCAAGCGUGUUAUACAGGCUUGUGGCAGUAUCUACAAAAACGGGCUGCAAUAUUUAUGCAGCCUGACUGAUGCCAGCGAUAGUGCCGAGCAAGCAUGGAGCGUCCUGAGUUUGAUAAAAGCACAAAUCCUGGAUAUGAUUGACAAUGAGAACGAUGGAAUACGCACAAAUGCCAUUAAGUUUCUGGAAGGCAUCAUAAUAUUGCAAAGUUAUGCGGACGAGGAUAGCAUGAAACGCGAGGGCGACUUUUCGCUAUCUGAUGUGCCGGAGCAGUGCAAACUUAUCAGGCGCCAGAAGCUGCAGGACGAGGGCACCAACAUAUUUGACAUUAUGCUGCAGUUCCAUGGCACUACACACAUCUCAUCAGUGAAUCUGAUUGCCUGCACAAGUAGUCUUUGUACAGUGGCUAAAAUGCGUCCCAUUUUCAUGGGCUCCGUCGUGGAGGCCUUUCGUCAGCUCAACAAUAACUUGCCGCCCACACUGACUGACUCGCAGGUGAGCUCAGUGCGCAAGAGCUUGCGCUUGCAGCUGCAAAUGCUGCUCAAACUGCGCGGCUCCUUUGAGUUUGCUGGCACCAUACGCAAUAUACUAAUGGAUCUUGGUGCCAGCGCCAAUGAAAUACAAAAGAUGCUCCCCAAAAUGGACAAGCAAGAGAUGGCCCGCCGACAGAAGCGCAUUUUAGAGAAUGCAGCACAGAGUUUAGCUAAAAAGGCGCGUUUAGUGGAGCAGCAGCGGGAAAAACCGCAGCAACCGCGAGAGAUGGAACUGGAUGAGGAGGAGCUGGAACGACAGCGGCAGAAAAGUACGCGUGUCAAUGAAAAGUUUCUGGCGGAGCAUUUACGUUCCACUGAAACUGUGGUCAAUCUUGUUGUUGAGUUUUUGCCCACAUUGCCGGAGGCCGCACCAGCUAAAUUCUUAGCGGAGUACACACCAAUCAAACAGCUGUCCCUGCCACAACAAGUAAGCAAUAUUUCCCAUCAAUUUGGACAGCAACUGACGGAGUUGCGACUUGGACCCGGCUCGGCUGCGUUUAGUAAAGAGCCGCCAAUGAGACCAAAGAGUCAAGCGACUCCUGCCAUAUCAGAUGCAGCAGCUGUCGCUAUGGAUGUAGACGAGGCGCCAGAUAAGCUAAGCGAACAGGAGCUGCAACGCAAGGAAGAAGCCACCAAAAAGUUGCGUGAGACCAUGGAGCGCUCUAAGGGCGAACAGACGGUGAUUGAGCGCAUGAAGGAGCGUGCCAAGACACUCAAGUUGCAGGAGAUUACCAAACCUCUGGCACGCAACAUUAAAGAGAAGUUUCUGCUGGAUGCCAUCAUGCGCAUCCUUAACUCCGAGCGGCAGUGCAUCAUGGGCGGCGUGGCAGCCAAGCGCCGCAAAUUGGUUACUGUUAUUGCCGCCACAUUUCCGGAUAAUGUGCGUUAUGGCAUCAUGGACUUUAUACUGAGCGAUAUCAAGCAGCGUAUAGAUCUUGCCUUCUCCUGGCUCUUUGAGGAGUACUCCUUGCUGCAGGGCUUUACACGCCACACCUAUGUAAAGACGGAGAACCGUCCAGAUCACGCCUACAACGAAUUAUUGAAUCAGCUUAUAUCUGGCAUCAACGAGCGCUGUGAGUAUAAGGACAGAAUCAUUUUGCUGCGUCGUCUUUAUCUAGAAGCGCCUAUUCUAACCGAGGAGGCCGUAGUUCAGCUUGUAAAGCUGUGCCUGGUAGAGGAGUUCAUGCCGCAUGGCUUGGAGAUUGUCAAGGAUCUGGCGGUCCUUCGACCGCCACGUAAAAAUCGUUUUGUACGUGUGCUCCUCAACUAUGCAGUGCACGAACGUGCCGAUCUACGAGAGCGUGCGUUGGCGCAUUUGAUUACCAUCUAUCAUGUGCAUAAGAUUGUUCCAGCGCGCAUUGAUGAGUUUGCCAUAGAGUGGUUAGAAUAUGUGGUGGCUGAAACACCACCAAGUGCCAUAUUCUCGGUAGAUUACGGCAGGCCCACGCCGGAGACUGCAUGGAAGGAAGAUACCGCUAAGGUGUGUCUGCUUCUAGCCCUCACACUGUUGCCCUACAAACCGGAAGUUUAUCUGGAGAAGAUCUGUCAGGUGUUUACCGAGACGUCGGCAGAACUGAAACGUACCAUACUACGUAGUUUGGACGCACCCGUGAAGAAACUGGGCGUGGAGUCUCCAGCGUUGCUUAAGCUGCUGGAAGACUGUCCCAAGGGCUUGGAAACUUUGGUUAUACGCAUCAUUUACAUAUUGACUGAACGCGUGCCCACACCACAUCCGGAUCUGGUGCAUCGGGUGCGUGAUCUUUACAAAAACAAAGUCAAAGAUGUGCGCGUGCUCAUACCCAUUCUGAGUGGCCUUUCCCGUUCUGAGCUAAUUUCCGUGUUACCAAAAUUGAUUAAACUCAAUCAGGCCGUGGUGAAAGAGGUAUUUAAUCGCUUGCUUGGCAUCGGCGCCGAGUUUGCGCAUCAGCAGAUGGCGCUAUCGCCCACAGACUUGCUUGUUGCUCUGCACACCAUUGAUACGAAUGUGUGCGAUCUUAAGGCCAUUGUAAAAGCCACGUCGCUAUGUCUGGCCGAGCGUGAAGUGUACACGCAGGAAGUGCUUAUGGCAGUGCUGCAGCAACUGGUGGAGAUAAUGCCUGUACCAACUCUGAUGAUGCGUACUACCAUACAGAGCUUAACGCUGUGUCCACGUCUCUCAAACUUUGUGCUGAACCUUCUGCAACGUCUGAUACUGAAGCAGGUGUGGCGUCAAAAGGUAAUCUGGGAGGGCUUCCUCAAGACGGUACAACGACUUAAGCCGCAAUCGCUGUCUGUGCUGUUGCAACUACCACCCCCGCAAUUGGCAGAUGCACUGCAACAGUGCCCAGAUCUUAGACCGCAACUACUUGAGUACGCGGAGAGCAUACAGGACGAGCCCAUGAGUGGUAUUACUCAGCAAAUACUGGACAUCAUUACCGGCAAAUCGGUGGAUGUGUUUGUUACGGAUGAAAGCGGCGGCUACAUCAAUCCUGACAACAUCAAAAAGGAGCUGUUGGAUCCCUCAGAUAUCAGCGUGAUUUCCACAGUGCCGGUUUUGACUACACUACCAGUGGCCGCACCAAUGCCCGUACCCGCACCAAUGCCACAGCCAGUGCCCGCGCCCGUGCUUAGCGACUUAAAUCAACCGUUGCCACCUGGCGAGGAUUAGCCUUAGUUUAGUUAAGUUUGUUUUGUUUAGCUUAUACAUUCGGUGUUUUAGUAAACCCGCUAAAAUUAAAAUUUUAAUCAUGGCUGCAACUCGGCUUUCAAUUGAACCUGUUUGAACACGGAA